AUGGUCUCUGUCGACGCUCUGAAGUCUGCCUUGCGGCAGCGCCCGGAUGGGGACGCCCCUAGAGCGUGUUUGUCUGACUUGCAAUACAGUCAAGCCCACCGCAUCAUACGUAUCGCAGAGUCGGGAAACUACAACAACUUCAUUUUCCCCCAGCUAUCAUCCCUUCUCGCCGCUCUCCCUGGGCAGGGCGGCGAGCUCUCCGUUCUCGAGAUCGGACCUGGGCCAGAGACGACAAUCGCGUCCAUGCCCGACCUAGGAACUCGCCGAAGGGUUGUCAAGUACGAGGCGUACGAGUGCAAUGGAUUGUUUGCCGAACACCUGGAGGCGGGUCUACAGUCCCGAUCCAAGUUGCCUAGUCUUGAGUGCCCCCCAGCCGUCCAUCGACAGCCGUUCAGCCUGGAUCUUGACAUCUUCUCGCAAGAAAAGCCCAAAUUCGACCUCGUCCUAUUCUGCCGCAGCAUGUACGGCAUGAACCCCAAGGCCCGCUUCGUCGAAAAGGCCGUGCAGCUGCUCACCAAGGGCGGCAUCGUUGCCGUCUUCCACCCCGAUAGGACGCUAGACCUUCCAGGCGUCCUCUGCCAUCAGGUUGCGACCUGGCCCGAGGGCUGCCUUGCCUUGCCGGAUGAUGACCAGACUCUGGCGGCGGCUGCCUCCUUCCUUGCAGGGUGCUGUGUGCCUGGAGGCGAUCCCGAGGAUGAGUGGAGGACGCUAUGCAGACGCCUAGGCCGCCGCGACAGGAAGCGGUCGGGAGAGCUUCUCUUUGAGGCUCCUCAGAUCAUGAUGGCCUUCAACAAAAGCGCCGGACUGACGUCUGGGCUCCCGAUGGAGAUGCUCGUGGGUGAAACGCGAGUCAAGAAUAGGGAGGCAAGUCUCCGCCGGCCGGCAGAUGUAGCCAAGCCGGCGACAAUCGAGGACGUCCAGCAGAUCGUCCGCUGGGCCAUAUCGCGGAUGGUGGGACUUACGGUGAUUGGAGGGGGACACAGUGGCCACUGCCAGCAGCCUGGCAUCCUCGCUCUCGACAUGAGGGCUUUCAGCAAGAUCCAAAUCACCCCCGGUGGUGACAUGGAGAGGCUGCUCAUAGCCGAGGCCGGCUGUACCAGCGGCAGAAUCAUCCAGGCGGCCAUGGCUGAUGGCUUGACAGUGCCUCUGGGGAGCCGGCCAAGCGUUGGCGCCGGCCUGUGGCUCCAGGGCGGGAUCGGCCAUCUCUCGAGGCGCUACGGCCUGACGUGCGAUGCCAUCAUUGGCGCCGUCGUCGUCAGCCUCGUCGACGGGUGCGUCCUGCGUCUCGGCCGCGUGCCAAACGAGUUCUUGCCUAGCAACUCUGAGGAGUCCAGCCAUGGGGUUGAUCUUCUAUGGGCACUCAAGGGCUCCGGAACCAACUUCUACAUCGUCGUCAGUGUGGUCUUCAAAACGGUCCCCCACGUCGCUCACGAUGUCCGAAACUGGGAUAGCCUGAUGGGCAAUGCUGCAGAGGCGCAUCACAAGCUCGUCAAACUGGACGAGGCCAUUGGCAAACUUGAGCGGAUCAAGGCUGCAGAUGUCUACCUCUUCUCGAACAACGGCCAGUCCCGUCUUGGCAUGACGUUGUACAGCCCUUCGGCGGCGGGCGAGCGGAUGGGUGAGACCGAGGGCGUAAUCCCAAUACUGGGGCACCACACCCAAGUCAUCAAGGAGGUGGAUGGAAUGAGGCUGUUUGAAACGGACAUGUACAUGAAGUUGAUGCAUGGAGGCCAUGGCGGGAAUAAGUUCUCGGCUUUCAAGCGGUGCGUAUUCCUCAAGAGCAUAUCGGAUAAGGCCGUCCGCAACGAGCUCCUCGCCGCCCUCGACACCCGCCCUUCCCCCUACUGCUAUAUUCACCUCGUCCACGCCGGCGGCGGCGCCGUGAGCGACGUUGAGGUUGGCGCAACGGCGUUUGGUUGCCGUGACUGGCGUUUCGCCUGCAAUAUCGCCGGCGUCUGGCAGCGCGCAGAUGCCGACGCCGACGCCGACACUUGCACACGCUGGGUGUAUGAUGUCUCCCACAAGCUGCUCCCGCUGGGCAGCGGGGCCUACGGCGCCGACUUGGGCCCGGACCCGCGCGACGCGGCCCUGGCAGCCCGGGCGUUCGGCCCCAACCGCGAGCGCCUAGUCCGGCUCAAGCGCGUGCUUGACCCGCACAGCGUGCUCCCCUUCGCCUGCCCGCUGAUGGGCCCGCUAUCAAGGCCGCGGCUCGUCGUGGCCGUGACGGGUGCGCACGGCGCGGGCAAGGACUUUUGCGCGGCCGCCUGGGCGUCGACGCUCACCGCCGCCGGUGUUCCAGCGCGCGUCGCCAGGAUAAGCGACGCUACCAAGCGCGCGUACGCCGCCGCCGCCCCGGGCAUCGACGCCCGGCGCCUUCUGAUGGACGACAACCGCGACUACAAGGAGCAGCACCGCGCAGCGAUGGCGGCCUUUUACAGCGCCCAGCUCGCGGCCCGCCCCGGCCUUCCCGAGGAGGUGUUCGCCGAGCUGGCGAGUAGUGUCGGGACAGCCGAGGUACUGUUCGUGACGGGCAUGCGCGACGAGGCCCCCGUCGCAACCCGCGCGCACCUGGUCCCCUGGGCGCGCGUCAUCGAGGUGCGCGUUGCUGCCACGCCCGAGCUGCUGGCCAUGAGGCGCGGCGUCCACGCUGCGACGACCGUUAAUGGCGGGCCUACUGUGGCGCCGCCGCCUGACUGGCGGCCCUGCCUCGUCUUCGACAACAACGCUGGCGGGCCCGACGGUGCGGCCGCGUUUGCGCGGUCCCACAUCCUGCCUCUGCUCGACCCCGACGUCGAUCGCCUGCGCGACAUGGUCCCGGCCGUGCCCGGCUUCCCGCGCGCCGGUGUCCAGUUCCGCCACGUGCUGAGCAUCGUCGAGCGGCCGGACGGCCUGCGCCUAUGCACGUCGCUACUUCAGGGCCGGCUCCGCGGGGGCGGGCGGCCGAGCCCCGGCGCCGUCGUGGGCUGCGAGGCGGGUGGGUUCGUCUUCGCGGCGGGCCUGGCGGCGGCGCUCGACGUGCCGCUGCGCCUCGUCCGGAGGGCCGGCAGGCUGCCACCGCCCACGGUUUCGGUGGCUGGCACGCGGUCGUACAUUUCUUCCGCCGCCGCCGGCGAGGAGGAUCGGAGCGGGGGGGACUUGGGGCUCGAAAUGGGGCGCUUCGGCGACUUGGCCGGCAGGCCCGUCGUCGUGGUGGACGACGUGCUCGCGUCGGGGACGACGCUCCGUGCCGUGCUGGCGCUGCUUGCCAAGAACGGCGUCGAGCCGCGGGACGUCAAGGUUCUGGUCGUGGCCGAGUUCCCGGCCCACCGCGGCCGCGAGGCGCUGCGCCGGAGUGGCUUUGGAAUGGUCGGCGUCGAGAGCCUGCUGACGUUUGAGGGGACCUGACGGAGAUGAUGGCAGGACUGUGUCGGAGAAUAGACAAUCAGACAUGUGUAGCCUUUGUAGUGUGCAUUAUCCCUACCGCGACGCAAUUAUCAAUGAUGGAUUCUUAUGCAUUGUGAGAAAUAGCGUGGUGUGCUAAUGAUUUCAGC